GAAAUUAUGGUAAAUGUGAGAUAACACUGAAUUUUUCUCUUUUGAAAUGCAUGUCCAUGAAAUGCCACAAAGUAUUCAGGUUUUAUAAGACAGCAGAUGUGUGAUCCUGAUGGUAUUUACACUAAGCGUUUUUGAUCUAUUACUGUGUGGGGACGUGUCAGGACAUCUGGAGAUCAUUAAGCCUCCAAAUACACUAACAGCCUGUAAGGACCUGCCUUUCCUGACGAAUGUUCAAACUGAAUCCCAGAAUCGCAUGGGAUAGCAACCAACAACAGCUAUUUCAGCCAGACGCCAUUUUCACGAGACUGUAUUUGGGCAGCAGAGAACUUUUUUUCCCUACUGGCUUACAGAAAUUAGUGAGUAAAAGUACAGCUAACCGUGCAGGAUGUUUUUGAAACUCUUAGUAAUGCUCUUCAUGUCCUUGUAUGAUGUAAAAGCUCAAAGAUCGACUCAGGAUGUAUUUAUGAUGGAAUAUUUUCAGAGGAGAAUCCUGGAGAUGGAGGAACGUCUUAUAAGUUGUAAUCAAGACCUCCAGAGUAUGAACCAGAGGAUGUACGACAUGUCCGCAGAGAUGCGUGGUCAAGUUCGAAAUGUGAAUGUGCUAAAGUCAGAGAUUCAAGGCUAUGUGGACAGCCUAGCCACACGGGUGGACCGAGUGGAAAGAGAUGUUGAGUACCUGCACACUAAACUUCCCGACACAUCUAGCGUAGAGAUCUCAGACUCUCUUCUAGAUCAACAAGUGAAAGAAGCCCAAAGCAAAAGGAAAGCUGUAAUCAUACAGGGAAAAGAGUGUAGCACCAGAUUCUCUGGCAUCAAAUCACAGAAAAUAGUCAAGAAAGCAGGCGAUGUAGUAGGCUCAUGGCUAAAAGACCCAACCGUAGACUCCUCUAAGAUCUACUUCUUUAGCGGCUCCAGGAACAACACUCUGCUUCAGUUUGGUUCGCUGAAAAGCUUCACAGACUCCAAUUCAACCACCAAACACAAGGUCAUCCAACUCCCUCGGCCAUGGCAGGGAACAGGCCAUGCUGUCUAUGAUGGUUUUGUCUACUAUCACAACGCUGACACUCGAAACGAAGUGCUGAAGGUUAGCCUUGUCAACCGCACCGUGGCCGACCGCAUGCUUUUGCCCGCUGCUGGACGCAUACCCACCUAUGGGCUCGCCCCUCACACUUUCUUGGACUUCGCUGUAGACAAGCUGGGAUUAUGGGUCAUCCAUGCAGAUCCGGACUUUGGAGGAAAUCUUGUGAUCACUAAGCUGGACUCCAGAAGUCUGUCGGUGGAGCACACAUGGGAUACGACCUGCAAGAGCCACAAUGCAGAAGGCGCCUUCAUAGUCUGCGGCACCAUGUAUGUCGUCUACAACUCGCACUCUGGAGGGCGCUCCAGCAUACAGUGCCUGUUUGAUAUACACGACAGCGUCUGGACCGAGGAAUUGCCUGUGAUGUACUUCCCCAAGCGCUACUCCAGUCACUCGAGCAUGCACUAUCACCCGCAAGACAAGCAGAUCUAUGCCUGGGAUGAUGGGUACCAAACCAUCUACCAGUUGGAUGUAAAGAAGAAGUUACAGGUCACCUAAUUUACAACAACACUGAUUAACUCUACCUAGUCAAUAUGUCUCAAUUUAAUCAUCACAUGCUCAGAAAAAUGAUACUGUACUAAACCUGAGUGAUACCAUCAAGGAGUAUUCAUGUGUACCUUUAGUAUGUACCUUUCACCUGGGAAAGUGAAUGUUACGUACCAUUAUAACCUGUUUAAAGUACAUAAUAUUACAUUAAUGGCCACAGUUGUUGAAAUUAGUUCUAAAGAUGCACUAUAUUCACCUUCCUUUAUCUUCCUUUCACUUUCCUCUGAAAUAUACAUACUAAAGGUACAAAAGAUGCCCCCUUGAUGGUACAAUCCCAAUGACAACCAAUGGUACAAUUCAGUGCCUUGUUUUCUAAGACUGCAUGGGCUCACAGAAGGUCUACAUUU